AUGCCGGGUCUCACAAUAACCACAGGCCGCGUCCCGUCGGACGCCGGGGCCACCACCGGCUCGAUCGGCUCAAGCGGCAGGACUUCCGGGGUUAUCGGAGGGGCCCCUGAUGCGGAGGCCCCACAAAAUGAUGCGCCCUCGCCGACCCGCCCUCCCGUUAGCCCCAUUACCCCGACUCAGGAAUCGGCACGGUUGUCCAGUCCCGGUCACGGAGAUGGUCCGAACCAACAGCAUCAACAUCGUCAACAACACCAUACGGCCUUCUCAUCAUCAGCAUUAGCAUCAGCAUCAUCACAUUCACCAACGCCACCCUUGUCAAGCAAUAACAAUCAUGAUAAUAAUAACAACAACACAAACAUUCCCAUCUUUGCACAAGGCCGACCCACUUUCACUCAUUCACAACCAGACCAAAUUGGCAUCCAGCCGCCGCCACCGCAGCCCAUAGCCUUCGACGACAACCCGGACGUGUUAGCACUUAAGAGUGCCAUCACCAUCUUGCAGCUGCAGCGCCAGCGAGCCACGGUCGACAUACAGGCGCUGAACCGGGCCAAGGUUGCUGCGCUUUCGGAUCCGGGGGCCUUCGUUGCUGACUUGUCGGCGGGGAGAAUUGGGAUGGAUGGUGACCCAUUGCUUAACGGACCUGGAGCUAAUGGCGAUGGGAGUAGUGAUGAUGACGACGAUGGUGACAAUGAUGAGGAUGCGAAUGAAGACGAGGAUGCAGAUGAGGAUAUGAAAUCGGAAGGCAGUGAUGACAACAGUGAUGAAGGUGAUGAAGAAGAAACCUCAUCAAGCUCAGAACCACGGCACGACCAAGACGGUGAUAUUUCCAUGUCCGGCACCGGCGCUGGGAACACUUCAUCUACACCUACCUCUAAUAACAACAAUAUCAACAGCAACAACAACAACAGCAACCGACGAAAGAUGGCAACAGCAGCAAGGAAGAAAGAACGCGUCAGCAAGAAAACAGCAAAACAACAACCACAGGACCUCUCCAAAACAUGGCGCACCCUCCCCAAGCCGCAAACCGUCGUGCGCUGCCCGCCUAUCAACUGGGCUCAGUACGCCGUCGUGGGCGAGUCGCUUGAUAAGCUGCACCAGGAGCAGCUGAUGGCGCCUACGCUGGGGGUACCUGCGGUUGUUAGUCCCGGAGGGGUGUAUGAAUUCCGAGGGACCGCAACCGCAACAACGAAACCAGGAGGAGGAGGAGGAGGAGGAGGAGGGAAUAUCGGCAGUGGAAGUACAAGUGGAAGUGGAACUGGUUAUACUAUGGGAGAUACUACCAUGGGUAGUAGUUCUACAGGCACAGCAGCGGAUAGGACCACCACGCCACCGACGACGGUAACCGGGAUAGAAGGAUAUGCCAAUACAUCAUCAGGCCAGCAACAGACACCAGGGGAUACGCAGGGACAAGGACAAGGACAAGGACCACAGUUACCACGACAUCAGCAACCGCAGAGGUUGGUUGGCAUUGCAGCGCCGUAUACACCUGGAAGAGACAAAAUUGAUAGGGGGACAGGUAGGAAAGGGUCCAAGCGGUAA